AUGUCAUCGAGAGUUCGCUGGCUCAUCCGGGGCUCCGGCGAGAUACGCCAUCACCGCCCUAGACAAUCGCUGGCUCUCAGCCCUAGACAAUGGCUGGCUCUCAGCCCUAGACAAUGGCUGGCUCUCAGCCCUAGACAAUGGCUGGCUCUCAGCCCUAGACAAUGGCUGGCUCUCAGCCCUAGACAAUGGCUCGCUCUCAGCGCUAGACAAUGGCUGACUUUCAGCGCUAGACAAUGGCUGGCUCUCAGCCCUAGACAAUGGCUGGCUCUCAGCCCUAGACAAUGGCUGGCUCUCAGCCCUAGACAAUGGCUGGCUCUCAGCCCUAGACAAUGGCUGGCUCUCAGCCCUAGACAAUGGCUGGCUCUCAGCCCUAGACAAUGGCUGGCUCUCAGCCCUAGACAAUGGCUGGCUCUCAGCCCUAGACAAUGCUGGCUCUCAGCCCUAGACAAUGGCUGGCUCUCAGCCCUAGACAAUGGCUGGCUCUCAGCCCUAGACAAUGGCUGGCUCUCAGCCCUAGACAAUGGCUGGCUCUCAGCCCUAGACAAUGGCUGGCUCUCAGCCUUAGACAAUGGCUGGCUCUCAGCCCUAGACAAUGGCUGGCUCUCAGCCCAAGACAAUGGCUGGCUCUCAGCGCUAGACAAUGGCUGGCUCUCAGCGCUAGACAAUGGCUGGCUCUC